UGCUGCUACUUUAACAAUUUACCACUAGAUUUCUCUAUAAUACUUUAUAUCUACUGUAGGCCCUAAGCCUAAUCAUUAAACUAAUUUAACUAACUAUACACACUAACUAAACCACUUAACUAAAAUAAUUCGUUAAUCUAUCGUUUUAGUUUCCGGCCAAAUGUCUGUGAUCACGCUACAGUUGGGGCAGUGUGGCAACCAGGUGGGUGAACAGACUUUCUCCACCCUGACUGACGACAUAUUUGCCAAGGCCACUGGCGUCAGUGCUAAAGAGAACAGGGAUUACGUCGAGACAUCACUUGAGACAUUCUUCACCCAGUCUGAGAGAGGGAGAGAUGGAACACCAUCUACUCCCACUGCCAGAGCUGUCUUAGUUGACAUGGAAUCUAAAGCCAUCUCCCAGAGCAUACAGCGGGCUCGGAGAAAUGGCAAAUGGAGAUAUUCCCAAAAACAGUCCUAUUGCCAGCAAAGGGGAUCUGGGAAUAACUGGGCAUAUGGGUACUGCAUCCAUGGGCCAAAGUCUAAAGAGAACAUAAUGAAUUUGGUGAGGAGAGAGGUCGAGAAGUGUGAUCGUCUCGGAGGUUUUGUCAGUUUUUUAAGUUUAGCUGGAGGAACAGGCUCAGGUGUUGGGGCUUACGUCACUCAGAGCUUACGGGAUGAAUUUCCUCACUCAUUCAUAUUGAACCAGGUUGUGUGGCCCUACAGCACAGGGGAGAUAAUAGUCCAAAACUACAAUGCUGUAUUAACAUUAUCCCAUCUUUACGACACAGCAGAUGCUCUGGUUGUCAUGGAGAAUGAUUCUCUGCAUAAGAUCUGCAGCCAGCUUUUAAACAUCAAAAAUAUUUCCUUCGGUAACAUCAACAAGGUGAUAGCACAUAAACUGACAAGUGUUCUACAGCCUAGCUUCUUCCCUCAGGCAGCUGGAGGUGCUAGGUGUGAUCUAGGUCUUUUACUGGAACAGUUGGUGCCACACCCCCAGCACAAGUUGCUGACUGUGAAAAAUAUUCCCCAAAUGUCAGACGUGGCUCGAGAGUUUAGUGUCUACCAUUGGCCAGGCCUGAUGAAAAGUUUACGCCAGAUGUUGAUUGCUGAUGCCCCCAUGGAAGAAGGUAUUAACUGGGAGGUGAAACCAGCCUCAAGAACGGCUAGUGGACACACGUGCUUCAACAGGUCAUUGUCCUCCAUGUUGGUCCUGCGGGGACAGGAAGCUUCCAGUACAGACGCCAGCAUGUUCUCAGACCCAAACAUCUACACAUCCUGGGUGCCAGAGGACCUCAUGUCCUGCGUCAACAGGCAGCCCAGGAUGUUUUGUGAUUACGAAAAGUCUGCUGCGCUGGUGAGCAACAGUUGCGCCAGUGUGAAGCCACUGAACCUGGUCAUGGACAGGGCCUGGAACAUGUUCUCCUCGCGAGCUUAUGUCCACCAGUACCUGAAGCACGGCCUGAGUGAGGAAGAUUUCCUAGAUUCAUUCGUCAGCUUAGAGAAGGUCAUAGCAAGCUAUAACCACUUGUGACCAGAUGUCUUGUAAGCUUAGAGAAGGUCAUCGCAAGCUAUAACCACUUGUGACCAGAUGUCUUGUAAGCUUAGAGAAGGUCAUCGCAAGCUAUAACCACUUGUGACCAGAUGUCUUGUAAUAUGUCUAGUUUACACAAAUAUUUAUAAAAUAUAAGUUCAUGUAAUAUGUACAAGCCUUGAACUUAGCUUUGAAAAAGUAAAUUGCUAAAUUGUAGCUACUGUGGUGUCCUCAAUUGGUGUAAAGUUUCAUCAAAUGUUUCAACUGACAGUGAAGUGGUUUUAUCACUUCUAAAACUAAAGUUAAGGCUACAGUGAUUUAUUGAAUAUUAAAUACACCAAAAAAAUUCGUUCAUGUAAUGUUGAUUGUUUUUUUUUUUCUCAUCAAAGCUUUCUGUGAUAAAGCUAUAUUUUAUUCAUAAAAUUGUUAUUGUUCAU